CCACCGGUAGAGAGAGAGUCGUUCUCUGAGCAAAUUGCGUAAACCCUAACUCGUCAAUGGCGGAUUCGAGCUCCAAUCAGAAACGGUAUACUCCUCCUAAUCAAAGGAAGCCUUCUGGGACUGGGAAUCGUCGGAAGUCGGGAGAUCGAACAAGUAGCCAACAGAACAACGAUGCUGAGAGAAAUCAACCUCCUGCUACUGGUCUUCAGAUGGAAAACAAACCCCGGACCCAGAGGAUAAUAACACUAAAGGACUGCUCUAGGAGUGAAGCUUAUCAGCUCAUGAGCCAACGAUGGGCAGCUGCAAUGCAUCAAUACAACGACCCAACUGUGGAUCUAUCUGAGCGACCAAUCAUGUACUAUGGAGGGAGUGUUUGGGGUAAACUACCUCAUCAGAUCCUGGCUGCAGCAAACAAGACAUUGCCUCCUCCAUCGAUAUCGCCAACAGAUUACAUGACUGAAGAUAACGAAUGUUGCUUUUGUCAUGAACGAUCCAGAGAGAGAGAAAGAGAACAAAAGAUGAAGCUUCAUUCUGUUUCCUGUAUCAUCUUCGUCUUAAUUGCUCUCUCCACCAUAGUUGUUAAUGCACAACAAGCUGCUAGAGAUUCCUGCAACUCAACUCUACCUCUCAACAACCUCACCUUUAACGUCAGCCUCCUUCAAUGCACAGAAGCUUGGAGUCUCCAAAAUUACAUCCUCCGAUAUGCAAGAACGGUAGACAACACAUGGAGCUUUAUAUUAUCGGCGCCGGAUUCAAGCGCUUUCAUCGGGAUCGGAUUCUCAACCAACGGUCAGAUGAUCGGAAGCAGCGCGAUCGUCGGUUGGGUACCUUCCGACGGCGGUUCCGGGACUGUGAAACCGUACUUGCUUGGAGGGAAAUCUCCUGGCGAGGUAAAUCCUGACCAAGGGGAUCUAACCAUCGUCAACGGCUCGUUGAAGAUCGAAUCAGUGUCGUCGCGUCUUUACAUGAGUUUUCAAUUGACGGCGACGCUGCCGCGGCAGAGUCUUCUUUACGCUAUGGGACCUGCCGGAUUCUUCCCAUCUUCGCCGGAUUUUAGAUUGAGAGAGCACCGCUUCGUGACCACCACGACCAUCAAUUAUAUUACAGGUUCGCAAAGUGUGGUUAAAGGUUCACCACACUCUAAGCUAAAGAAGACACAUGGGCUAAUGAACAUGUUCGGCUGGGGAAUAUUGAUUAUCAUUGGCGCCAUAGUGGCUCGACACAUGAAGCAAUGGGACCCUACUUGGUUCUAUGCCCAUAUCGCUCUCCAAACCACUGGUUUUCUCCUUGGUUUAACCGGUGUCAUUUGCGGUUUGGUUCUUGAAAACCGGCUCAAGGCCAAUAAUGUUUCCACGCACAAAGGCCUUGGGAUAACCAUACUUGUCAUGGGCGUUCUCCAGAUGCUGGCAUUGCUAGCUCGGCCGGAUAAGCAAUCGAAAUACAGAAAAUAUUGGAAUUGGUAUCAUCAUAACAUUGGAAGAGUUUUGAUCAUACUCGCUAUUUCUAACAUCUUCUAUGGUAUUCAUUUGGCUAAAGCUGGUACUAGUUGGAAUGGCGGUUACGGUUUUGCGGUCGCGGUCUUGGCCUUGACGGCUAUUGGAUUAGAAAAAUUGGAAGAGGAAGAAGAAGAAGAAAGAGAGAUGUUGAGAACUCGCCUUCUCUGGUUUACGCUUGGGUUUUCCGUGACCGGAGCUUCCAUUUCUCAUAUCGUGUGGCGUGAUCUCUAUGCCGAACGCUUCGCUAUUUCUUCUGAUAUAAAGGAGAAAUUCAAUGCUCUGGAAGGUAGAGUAUCAGGUCUGGAGUCUGGUGGUUAUGAGAACCCGAAUCCAGCUCAGGUUGAGAAUUGAAGACUCUUGCAAGCUUCCAAGCUCAAAUUAAUCAAAGACUUAGCUGAUGUGUGAGAGAGCUGCCAUCUAAGAUGCUUGGAAUAAUCUUCUAAACAGAAAACUUUUUGUUUUUGUAAACUGACUUUCCUUUUGACUCGAGAUUCUUCUGUAAGCUACGAGCAAGACUUGCAUUUGUGUUACAUAACAUUCGGCUUUAUUAUUACAAGAAAUGGUUCACUACUUU